GUAAGGUGCGCAAACGCAGGCUUUGGCAUUGCACGCAUUCAACUAUAAUCUUCCACAAACAGCAGCAUCUACAUGGAUUUAUAAUAUUCGCAACUCUUUCAAUUGCAUCUUGAGGAAACUAAACGAACGGCGAGACACCCAGAUAGCAGCACGAGCACUGACUUCAGAGAUUGUUCCACAAGAGAUAAAAGUAGCAGGUGUGCGGAGCCAUGCCCUGCGUCCAGGCUCAGUAUGGGACAUCACCACCAGGAGCCAGCCCUGCAUCUCAAAGUUACAGUUACAACACCACGGGAGAGUACAGUUGCGACUUCCUAACGCCGGAGUUUGUCAAGUUUAGCAUGGACCUGACUAACGCAGAGAUAGCUGUCACUUCUUCGCUCCCAAGUUUCAACACCUUUGUUGACACAUACAGUUCCAGCUACGACGUGAAGCCUCCGUGUCUCUACCAAAUGUCCCACUCUGGGGAUCCGUUGUCCAUCAAAGUGGAGGAUAUACCCCCACACAGUUACCAUCAGCAGCACCACCAGCCUCACCAAACUGAGGAGAGCGUACCCCAUACCGGACCUAUAUACUAUAAAGCGUCUUCUCCAAACAUCACAUCGUCACCAAGUUUCCCGGCACCUCCACAUCACACGUGGGAAGAAAGCGGACCCCUUCACAGUUUUCAUCAGAACUAUCUGGCGACUUCGCAUAUGAUAGACCAACAGAGAAAAAACGCAAUGUCUCGGUUGUUCUCGUUCAAGCAGUCUCCUGUUGAUACACCGAUGUCAAGCUGCCAGAUGCGCUUCGAUGGCUCCCUUCACGUGUCUAUGGGCGCGGACACCCCUGGUGCGCAUCGUGCGCUGGAGAGUUUUGCCGUCCCGGCACCUCCGAGGAAACAGCACGGUAUGGGGCUGUCUCAUUCUCUAAACGUCGGUCACGGACACCCCUUACUGGAAAGCCCGGUAGCCUCACCCCAGGCUCGGGGAUCUCCUUCCAGUGAGGGUCUUUGCGCUGUGUGCGGAGAUAACGCAGCUUGCCAGCACUACGGGGUGCGCACCUGCGAGGGAUGCAAAGGAUUCUUCAAGCGCACGGUGCAGAAAAACGCCAAAUACGUUUGUCUGGCAAACAAAAAUUGUCCUGUGGAUAAAAGACGGCGAAAUCGAUGCCAGUAUUGCCGCUUUCAAAAGUGCAUGGUCGUGGGAAUGGUAAAGGAAGUCGUCAGAACAGCGAGUUUAAAAGGUCGGAGGGGUCGUCUGCCGUCUAAACCUAAAAGCCAGCAGGACAUCCCAGUCUCCAUGACACCUGUCAAUCUCCUGAACGCCCUAGUGAGAGCGCACAUGGACUCCAACCCCUCCAUGGCCCGACUGGACUACUCUAAAUUCCAGGCGAGCCCCGAGUAUCACAAUGGAGAUGAAUCUCUGCACAUUCAGCAAUUCUACGAUCUCCUUACUGCUUCGAUGAAUAUCAUUCGCGGAUGGGCCGAAAAAAUUCCCGGUUUUACUGACCUGGCCAAAUGCGACCAGGAGUUGCUUUUCGAGUCAGCCUUCCUUGAACUUUUUGUCCUGCGGCUGGCUUACAGGUCCAACCUGGCUGAGGAUAAAUUUAUUUUUUGCAAUGGAGUGGUUCUACACAAGAUGCAGUGCGUGCGAGGCUUUGGUGAAUGGAUCGACUCCAUCUUUGAGUUUUCUUCUAACCUUCAGAGCAUGAACAUAGACGUCUCUGCUUUCUCCUGCAUAGCUGCUCUCACCAUAGUAACAGAGAGACACGGACUGAAAGAGCCUAAGAAAACGGAGGAGCUUCAAAACAAGAUAGUAAACUGUCUGAAGGAUCAGGUGUCCUGCAGUGCCGAAUUAUCUAAACUGUUGGAGAAGCUGCCGGAGGUGCGCGCGCUGUGCACGCAAGGACUGCAGCGCAUCUUUUAUUUGAAACUGGAGGAUUUGGUUCCCACGCCUGCCAUCAUCGACAAACUCUUUCAUGAUACGCUACCUUUCUGAAAACUUUUUAAACUGCUACAGGUUCAUAACAUAUACGUGAUUCCUCAAAUGUGGCGGACCUAAAGAAAUGAAUGUGUCGGAAAUUGGCGGAUGGCAUUUUCCAGGUUGCGAGAGCGCGCUGCCUGGAGACACACAUGUAUAAUGUUGUUUAAGAUUUUCAUUGAUGAAAAAUAACAAUAGAAUAUUCAAAGUAUUGCGAACUGUGAGGGAAAAGGACUGUUCUUAUGCCUGUUUAAAGUGUAUGCAGCUACGUAUAUACUGAAAAAAUGCAGUGUGGUGAAAGUGUUUUGUAUAUUGUUUUACGUCAUAUAACUUGUUUAUGUUGAUACCUGCAAAAUCAUUUAUAUACAACUUCUGCAAAUUUAACUUGUCAUGCAAGAUGUAUUGAAUGGAGUAAAAUAAUUUCGACAAGGUACUUAAACCACUAGCAAAUUAAGCAUUCUGCAUUAGAGAUUGUAUACUGGGUGCACAGGAGGAUUUUUCAAGUCUAUCUGCAACAUUUGUGGAUAACAAACUUUGAUCAACAUGGACACAUACAAACAUAUAGAGCACGUUUUUGUAUUUAUAAUUUUAAGCAAUAGUGAAUUAAACUGUUAUUGAGAACGGCUUUUUUACAGUUCAGGAAGUAUGCAUGGAAUUCUUUAUGAGCUAUUAACUUUCUCCAGCAUUUUUUAUUAAUUUCAUAUUGAAAUAAUGUCUAUGACGUUUACGUGCAACUGGUUUUAAAUUCAUAACAUUAUGCCUAUGCUAUAUAUUUUAGAUUAUUGUUUUUUACGAUGUAUGGUUUUUGCAUUGCAGUCUGUAUUAAGCUUCUCCCAUCUAGUGCAUUGAUGAA